CCAUCCAUGGGGUCCGGCGGCCGCCGCGGCGCGACCGGGGCGAGGGCGCUGCCGCUGCUGCUCCUGCUGCUGCCCGCGCCGGGCGGCCCCGCCGCGCUGCCCCUGCCCGAUGUGGACGAGUGUGCCCUGGGGCUGGACGACUGCCACCCAGAUGCUAUUUGCCAAAACACCCCGAAGCUGUACAAGUGCAUGUGCAAAAUGGGUUACACCGGCGAAGGGAGGAAAUGUGAAGACAUUGAUGAAUGUGACAACGACUUCAACGGGGGCUGUGUCCACGAGUGUUUCAACAUUCCAGGGAAUUACCGCUGCACUUGCUACGAUGGCUUUAUGCUGGCUCACGAUGGCCACAACUGCCUGGACACAGACGAGUGCAUGUUCAACAACGGUGGCUGCCAGCACGUUUGUGUCAACACGGUGGGGAGCUACGAGUGCCGCUGCAAGGAGGGGUUCUUCCUCAGCGACAACCAGCAUACCUGCAUCCACCGCUCCGAAGAAGGCAUGAGCUGCAUGAACAAAGAUCACGGCUGUGCCCACAUCUGCAGAGAAACACCCAAAGGAGGAGUUGCCUGUGAAUGCCGACCAGGAUUUGAGCUGUCCAAGAACCAGAGGAGCUGCAUUUUGACGUGUAACCACGGGAACGGGGGCUGCCAGCACACGUGUGACGAUGCUGACAACGGGCCAGUCUGUGGGUGUCACCCCAAGUACGUCAUGCACGUGGAUGGGAAAACCUGCCUGGAGAGGGAAGAAGCUGCUGUUGAAGUUUCUGAGGGAAACACCACAGCAGCAGCUGAUGUGGACAAGAGAGUGAAGCGACGGUUGCUUAUGGAAACGUGCGCGGUGAACAACGGCGGCUGCGAUCGCACCUGUAAGGACACCUCCACCGGAGUCCACUGCAGCUGCCCCGUGGGCUUCACGCUCCAGUUUGAUGGCAAGACAUGCAAAGAUAUUGAUGAAUGCCAGUCCAAUAAUGGAGGCUGUGAUCAUUUCUGUAAAAACACUGUUGGCAGUUUUGAUUGCAGCUGCAGAAAAGGAUUUAAAUUAUUAACAGAUGAGAAGUCCUGUCAAGACGUUGAUGAGUGCUCCUUCGAGCGGGCGUGCGACCACACGUGCAUCAACCACCCCGGCACCUUCGAGUGCACUUGUAACAAGGGAUAUGCCCUGUACGGCUUCACCCACUGUGCAGACAUUAAUGAAUGUAGCAUCAACAAUGGUGGUUGCCAGCAGCUGUGUGUGAACACGCUGGGAGAUUAUGAAUGCCUGUGUCAGUCUAACUACAAGCUACACUGGAACAAAAAGGACUGUGUUGAGACAAAAGAUCCCUUGUCUGAUAAUGUGUCACCCAAGGUAUUGCUGCACUGCAUUAAGAGUGGUGGGAGUGAUAGAUGCUUUCUGAGCUGCUCUCCAGAUGUCCAGGUGUUCUCUGGAACACAAGAUGCCUACACCCUCACCUGUGGCAGGUCCUCUCAGCUUAAGAAAAAGCAGCAAAAUGCAAACGCUUCCAGCUGGCUGGAUGCUUCAGCCAUCAAGAUAAGCGUAACCUUUAAAUUAAAUGAAGGAAAAUGUAGUUUGAGAAAGACUGAGAUGUUUCAAGAAGGUCUGGAGCAGAUGAUACCAGAGAGACAAAAUUCAGUAAUGGAGAGCUUCCACUAUGUAAACCUAACAUGCGGCUCUGGCAAGAAAGUUCAUGGAGCCCUCAGUAGACUGGCAGCGACUAGAGAGAUUUUUAUCACUGCGGACUUUGAGCUUGAAACGAGCCGGAAGGAGGUGACAGACACGUGCGACGUGCGCUGUGCCCGCAAGAAGACGGAGAAGCGGUUCCGGAAAACCAUCCGCACCUUGCGGAAGACGGUCAGCAGGGACCAGUUCCGCAUCCGCCUCUCUGGCACGGACCACGAGGUGGCCAGAAAGGCUCUCAAGCCCUCGGAGCCACAGCAGUCCUGUGGUGUGGGACAGCUGCACCCGGGGGUCAGAUGUGAUCAGUGCUCCCCUGGUGAAUAUUCUCCUGAUGGCUUCAAGCCUUGUCUGCCAUGUCCCCUUGGAACUUACCAGCCUGAGGCUGGGAGAGUGUCCUGUUUUCCCUGUGGAGGAGGUCUAACAACGAGGCACAGCGGGGCAUCCUUGUUUCAGGACUGUGAGACCAAAGUUCAGUGUUCUCCUGGCCAUUUUUACAACACCACAACUCACCGAUGUAUUCGCUGUGCAAUUGGGACAUACCAGCCUGAGUUUGGACAAAAUUACUGCAUUUCCUGCCCUGGAAACACCACUACUGAUUUUGAUGGGUCAACAAACAUAACACAGUGCAAAAACAGGCAGUGUGGAGGGGAACUGGGAGAUUACACUGGAUAUAUCGAAUCACCCAACUAUCCUGGGGACUACCCUGCAAACACUGAGUGCACUUGGAACAUCAACCCACCGCCGAAGCGCCGCAUCCUGAUCGUGGUCCCAGAAAUAUUCCUGCCCAUAGAAGACGAGUGUGGAGACUACCUGGUGAUGAGAAAAAGCUCUUCUUCCAACUCGGUGACCACCUACGAGACCUGCCAGACCUACGAGCGCCCCAUAGCUUUCACUUCCAGGUCUAAGAAACUGUGGAUCCAGUUCAAGUCCAAUGAAGGGAACAGUGCCAAAGGAUUCCAAGUUCCCUAUGUAACCUAUGAUGAGGAUUACCAAGAGCUAAUAGAAGACAUUGUUCGGGAUGGCAGACUUUAUGCAUCUGAAAAUCAUCAAGAAAUACUUAAGGACAAGAAGCUGAUAAAAGCACUGUUCGACGUGUUGGCUCACCCGCAGAACUACUUCAAGUACACAGCCCAAGAGUCCAGAGAGAUGUUCCCAAGAUCCUUCAUUCGGCUGCUGCGCUCCAAAGUUUCCAGAUUUUUGAGGCCUUACAAAUAGUUGGCACUGUACUUAAAAGCUGAACCAGCCCUGGGCAUGCACAGAGGGGCUGUGGUAGGUGGGGCUGCUCUCUGUGUUUUACACACUGGCAGAGACACUCCAGGGAAGCUCGCCAGCUCCGUUCUUGGCAGAGUUUGGCUUUCUCAGCUAAUAUAAACAUUUUGGUGAACAGAAUUUUGAUUCCUUUCCAGAUAAUACCUUUUGGGUACCAAAGGAUAACUCACAGGUCCCUGAAUUGGAGACUGCCCAUGAUUUCUGUAACUGAAGGGCGCCAAGCAGAAGUUUGUAGAGCUCUGCCCCGUUGCUUCAUCAGCACCUCUAAAAGCUAAUGAGGACAGACAGGCUAAGUAGUGUGGUUUGGGAUGAACCCUGGGCUGCCAUUAAUGCAUGUUACCUCAACAGAGCUGGGUUCAUGUUUGGUCUCACUGUAAGUGAGAACAGGAUUGAUGACUCUCUUAACAUUUGCCACGCAGGAAAUUCAGAGCUAAGGUUGACAUAGUUUUAAUUGAAGCCAGUGAGGCCAAGAACUGCACAAGGUGCACUUUUUCUCUGAACUACAUGUGUCAUGAAGCAAAGGGUUGAAUAUCAGCUUGAAUGUUCAGGGUCUGGCUCACACAGUGUCCAUGCCAGUGACCUAUUGGCUUACGUGGAGUGAUACCAGAAUAAACAGCAAUGGAAACCAGGCCCUGACCCACUGGACAUUUCCAUUUUGGGCUGUCUGCAGCUGUUAGAGCAGAUCAGAUUCUUUCCUAAAUCCCAGUGAUGUCCCUGUGCAUAGGCCUGGGACAGCAAAAGGCAUUUUCCAAGUUGGGUAAAAUUCUGCCCUCUGAGCACCUGCAGGUGAACACAGAAGCCCCAUUUUAAGUGCAGGCUUUGCAUAGGUGAUGCUCUUGGUACAACACUGUUUAAAGCUGAAUAAGGUUCUGGUAUGAGCCUCAGUUGUCAUAUUCUCUACCUUUUCUGAGCACCUUGCAAUGGCCUUGUGGAGCAGAGAAGAGCUGCUUUCCCUGUCUGGCUGGAGAGAAGGAGAGGUACAACGACUCAGCCAGACUGUGGCCACAAAAGUUGUCUAUGGCAAAUUGUUCCUCAGGAUUCCCAGGCUCUGUGUCCUUCUCCUCAGGCUGUGUUUCCUGUUGGAGACAAGACUAUUCUGAGAGGGACUGUAAGGAAAUCUGUGUUGAUCAAAGUGUUGUCUCGGUGCUAUUCUGUCCACACCUACAUUUCCUCUGGCCAUACAAUCCAUUCUCUGAGUAGUGUACCUUGAGGCCCUUCUGCUUUGAAGGGAGAUAGCCACAGUCCCAUCCAUUUGGGAAUGGACUUAUGACUUCUGACCUUUGGCCACUGGCCAUGCCAAGGGGUUCAGUGGGCAUCAAACUCCCUCUCUGUGCCAUCUUAGGAGCAGUACUUACAUUUCCUGGGUAGCCAGGACCAGUGCUCCCUUUCCCAGGGUGUGGAGUCAGACAUGCUGGGUUUCACUGCACUGGCAUGUGGUAUUUAACUGCUGUGUGUGAAUAAUACCACAUCCCACGGUGUGACAGCAGAAACCCUCACCAGGAGCUGGGCUCUGAAUCUCCCCCCUGCACUGUUGGGAGCAAAUGGGUGCUCCUGACUCAGCCUUGCUGAGCUGCUGUGCCACGCUGCGUGUGGGGCAAGGACACACCUUGGCCAUGGUGUGAUGGGGAGCAGAGCCCCUCAGGAUGGGGCUGUGGGGUGCUGUGCCCCUCUUGCUGCUGGGGAGGAGUUGCCUCAGCCUGGCCAGAGGUGGGAAAUGGUUUGUGCUGCUGCCAGGAGACAGAGCUGUCCCCCCUGCUGCACUGGGGGAUGGCCGUGGCAGGGCAGUGAGCGCCCAGUCCAGGAACAGGGCUGCAGCAAGGACAGCGAGGCACAGGAGGAGCUGGCAGAGCAGAGGGGAAGGAACACAGCUCCUCCUGUGUUCCUGGCAGCUGUGCUUCAUCCCAAACAGGGUCCCUGCUGCUGCCUCUGGGGGAGAGAGAGGACAGGAACAUCUGGCAGAGGGCACGAAGCAGACUGGGGAAAGGGGGAUGGCUGAGGAACGCCAAAACAGGAGGAAGGGUGGUGAGAGGCUUUGCUGCAUCCGUGCUGAAGUGUGCUGUUGUGCAGAGAGCCCAGGAAGGCAUUUCCAGAUGGUUUCCCUUUGGCUGCACAGCCCCUAGCCCUGCGCUCUGGAGGCUUCCCAUGCCAGAGGCAGUGUGCCAGUGAGCCCCAGCGAGCCACCAGCCACCUCUGUGAGGCACUGGAGCACUCCGGAGUGGCCGAGGUGCUGCAGCCCUGCUCUGGUGGUGGGCACUGUGGGCAGAGGGCCAUGGUGUGGCAGCUUCUGGGCCGAGCCCAGCGGAGGGGCUUUGCUGUGGGCUGCACGCUGUGUGCCAGGGGAAAACAGGGCAGCUCUUGCUGUGCUCCCUCCCAGAGAGGCUGCAGGUCUGAGCAGCUCUGCUCUGUGGUGCUGAGGGACACACAGCAGUGAUUGGUUUCACCCAGGGCUCGAGGAAGCCAGAGUUGUGAAACAUCCCAGUGUUUCUAAUGGGUGAAGCUGGGCUCUGUUGCUCUGUGCAGCAGUUACUGAUCCGUGCUCCGGGUUUAUCACGCCGCACCUCCUCUCCUAGUCCUGCUGUGCCAGCUCUGCACAGCUGCCUGCGAGCCACAGGGAUCUCAGCUUUGCUUCUCCUGCCCCACGAGCACAGGCCAUUUUCAUUGCUGGGAGGAGAGGAGAGUGCACGGCUUGAGGCUGAGGAGAAAACCUGCCCUUUUCUCAGAGAAGAAUCCUCAUAGUUCCACAGAAUCCUCAUUGUUCCACAGCCCUGUUUGUUUCCUACUUAAAUAGCAAAUGACUCAGAAGCACUUCUGUUACCCUUGAUCUGACAUUAUGGAUCAAAACUUCCCCUUUUACUGGAAUUCCUGUGUGUGCAGUGAAAAGUGAAGAGGGAAUUUUUGCUACCUUGAAUGCUGGGAGAAGUGAUAACUUGCAGAAUGUUGUAAACACUUGGCAUUGUAUCUUCAUCGUGAUGGUAGUGGCUCUGUAGAAAUUCCAGUUUCUACUUUCUGUGUGGUUGUAGACUGAUGAUGUGUUUUGGCAACAAACGACUCAAAAGUGUUUAACCUUACAAAACAAGAUUUAAUUUUUGGAAUAAUGAUUAGCGCUAACUGGAUGACUCAAUGUCACCUAUGUGAGAUAAACAUAAGGAUCUUUUUGAUGAUUGUAAAUUAAUGUAAAAUGUUUCAGACUGUUACUCUUGAUAAGAGAAAUAAACCAGUGAACUUUUAGCUGCAUGAA